UCCAUUUUAAUAGUUUGCCUUGUAAGGCGGAAGAACAAGAAGGAAUGAGAAAGCAGGUUGUGUUGGUUAAGCCUUUCUCGUUAGACGAUGAGAAAGACUCUGAACAUACAACUUCGAAUCUCAUACAACGUAUCAACUUCCUAAGUCUCUUUAAAAACGUACGGCCAGGAUCCGAUCUCACUAACUUCCAGCUUCCACCUCAACUGAACCUACCGAGAUCGCAACUCCAGUGCUAUGGCGAGAUGGUCUACAGUUUGAACGGUCAAGAUUUACUAGGAGAGUGUGGUCGCCGUGACAAACCAAUCGAACGGCUCAAAUCAAUCGUAACGUGGAACCUCUCAACUCUCCGGCCAUUGAUCUUUGGUCUGGCCCCGUAUAAUCCUAUCGUCGGCGAAACUCACCAUGUGUCCAAUGGCUACGUUAACGUUCUCGUAGAGCAAAUAUCGCAUCAUCCACCAGUGUCUGCUCUUCAUGCAACCCACGAGAAAGAAAACAUAGACGUAACGUUUUGUCAAUACUUCACACCUAAAUUUCGUGGUGCGUACGUGGACGUCGAGGUCAAGGGUAAAAGAGUGGUGAAACUUCUAAAUCAAAAAGAGACUUACGAAAUGAACCAGCCAAGACUUGUGAUGACAAUUCUUCCGGUGACAGGAGCUCACUGGGCAGGAAAGAUCGUGAUAAAGUGCCUGGAGACUGGACUCGAGGCCGAACUGCAACUACUCUCUGAUUCAUUCUUAAGUAGAUUCACAGGAAACAACAAGAGAUCCAUUAAAGGCAAGAUCUUUGAAUCUUCCUCUGGGAGACGACUCUAUGAACUCUUUGGACAAUGGGACAGAACCGUUACUGCAAAAAAUCUGAAGACUGGAGAGGUUGAGGUUAUAUACAACGCGAGUGAAAACAUUGCAGAGCUCAAAACACCCAUUGUCAAGAACAUGCAGGAGGUGAGUGAGAGCGAGUCUGCGAUGGUGUGGAGCGAGGUCAGCGAAGGAAUCAUGAAGCAAGAGUGGGAGAAGGCAAGAGAAGGCAAGAGAGAUGUGGAGGAGAAGCAGAGAGAGUCUCGGAGGCAAAGAGAGGCUUCUGGACAGUCAUGGAUUCCAAAGCAUUUCUCUGUGGUUCGAGCUGGUAAAGACUGGGACUGUGUUCCAUUACAGCCUAGAGUUCCUCAAGCUCCUAUUGUUGUACCUCUCUGAUUCAUAUAUAUAUAUAUAAUUCUCUC